AUGUCAAAAUUAUUCGUCAACGAUAUUAACACUUGGCAGGCAUUCAAAUAUCAUUGGAUGUUGUGGAAAUUGUGUGGCUUGCAGCCACCUACACCUGACUCCAAAUGGUUAAAGCCAUAUCUUGCUUAUGCCAUUAUUUUCAAUUUGACGACAUUAUUAUUCCCACUGAGCCUUGUAUUGGAUUUACUGCUCUCUCAAAAUCUAACGGAAAUAUUUCAAAAUCUAUAUGUAACAGUGACAGUUGUAUUUUCCAGUAUUAAAUUUAUAAAUGUGGUGCUGAUAAGGAAGAAAUUGUUAGAUGUUCGUUUCCUUUUGGAACACUUAGAUGUCAGGGCAAGGACAGCGGAACAGCGACAAGAGUUGGAAAAUGGAAUUACCAUGGCCCACAAAUGCUUUAUGAUAUUUUUGCGUUUAUAUAUAUGUGCCGUAAUUACCAGUCAAUUGGUUGUGUAUUUCUCCAGUGAACGAGUCCUCAUGUAUCCAUCAUGGUUACCCUGGGAUUGGAAGGCAUCACGAGGGAAUUUUUUGUUUGCUCUCCUCUUUCAAAUUUAUGCUGUAUCGGCACAAUUGGGACAAAAUCUUGGUAAUGAUACAUAUCCACAGGCCUAUAUUGUUAUAUUGAUUGCCCAUAUAAGGGCAUUGGCUUUGCGUAUUCAAUCUUUGGGAAUUUUGGAAGGAGAAACUCCAUUGGAACCAAUUUCGCAAGAGGAAUAUUAUCGGGAGUUGUCAAAUUGUGUUAAGGACCAUGAAAAUGUUCAUGACCUAUAUCUGACCAUCCAGGAGUGCCUCUCUACAACCUGUCUGGCACAAUUUAUUGCCACCGGCCUAGCUCAGUGCAUCAUUGGUGUUUACAUUCUCUAUGUGGGUGAUGAUUUUUCACGUCUAUUAAAUAGUUCGGUUUUCUUUUGCGCGGUCACAAUUGAAAUUCUAGUUUUGUGUUAUUUCGGUGAUUUAUAUUGCCAGGCUAAUGAAUUUCUAAUCGAUUCGAUUUACGCAACAAAUUGGAUGGAUCGUGAUGGAAAAUUUAAAAAAGCUUUACUGUUGGUGCUGCAUCGCGCACAAAUGACAAAUUGCCUAAAGGCUGGUAAUUUUAUACCCGUCAUGUUGCCAACAUUUGUAUCGAUUAUGAAAACGGCAUAUUCGAUUUUUACUGUUUUGAAUAAAUUUAAUUAA